AUGUCGAAGACCAUCAUCGACCUGACUGCAGGGACUGCAGGCGGCGUCGCGCAGGUGCUCGUGGGCCAGCCGUUUGACAUCGUCAAAGUGCGCAUGCAAACGGCCCCGAAGGGGACCUACAGCGGCAUGCUGCACUGCGCCGGAGGGAUCCUGAAAAACGAGGGGCCCCUCGCCUUCUACAAGGGCACCCUCACACCGCUGUUGGGUAUCGGUGUCUGCGUCUCGAUCCAGUUCGGUGCGCUGGAGUACUCGAAGCGGUUCUUCGCGCGGAGGAACCUCGAGGAGGGGAAGGGCGGGCCGACGGGCUUCAUGCUGACGGGCCCACAGCUUGUGGCUUCGGGCAUAUUCGCGGGGGUUGCGAACGGCGUGGUGUCGGGGCCGGUCGAGCACAUCCGUAUACGUCUCCAAACUCAGUCCGCAAAAAGCCCAACAUAUAGCGGCCCCUGGGACGCGAUCAAGAAAAUCUACUCUCGCAUGGGCCAGGGGGUGACGCUCUGGCGCGAGUCGCUCGGCUACGGCAUCUACUUCCUCGCCUACGAAAAGCUCAUGCAGCACGAGAUGACGCGAAAAGGCAUCCGGCGGGACCAGGUCAACCCCGCCAAUGCCGUGCUGUUCGGAGCCGCUGCUGGCUACGCGCUCUGGGCAGUCAUAUACCCUAUAGACAUGAUCAAGUCUCGGAUGCAGACAGACGGGUUCUCCCCUGCGGAGGGCCAAAAAUACAAGUCGACGCUCGACUGCGUGCGGACAAUCUGGCGGACGGAGGGCAUUAGUGCGUUCAUGCGUGGACUAGGGCCUACCCUCAUCCGGUCACCCUUCGCGAAUGGCGCGACGUUCCUUGGGUUCGAGCUUGCGAUGCGCUUGCUCUCCGGGCAUGAAGAGUCCCCUUAGAUGCGGUACACUAUAUUCACCAUGAUCUGCUGUGCU